UAAAUGUGUUUGUAACACAGCUUCGCGCGGGACCGGGUCACGUGACUUCACCGCCGCGGAGGCGCGCGUGUUCUAUUCAUGACGUCACAGACUCUGAAUAUGCAAAUGAGUUGAGUUCAGUUGGAUUCUCUGAGCAGCGACCGAAGCGGUUACAGACACAAUCAAACACAGUCUACAGAUAGACAACAAUAGACAACACACAGAGAGCGAACAUCAUGGAUGCAGACUCACCAGAGACUCAACCGUCGAGUGGAAAACCUGAACAACAGAACAACCCAACAGAAAAACACACAAAAGGGAGGAAAGGUUUCAGGAGCCUGCGGAAGGCUGUAAAACGCCACUUCCAAAGCCUCAAAACCAAAGUGUGUCGUGGUGUGCCUGAAGGGGAGCCAUCGCAGGAGAAUCCACAAACAUCCAGAGCAGAACCGACAGCAGACACAGAUCCGCUCGAGGCCCAGCAAGUGUUCGAUUACGCUCAAGCGACGCAGAGUAGAGCUGUAGCAUCAGCUGAGAGCAGCAGCGACGUGUUCGAGGACGCAUUCGAGUACUUCCCAGCGGAGAACAGCAGAGCUCAACCGUCGUCUGAGAACAAUCCUGAACAACAAAGCAACCCAACAGAAAAACACACAAAAGGGAGGAAAGGUUUCAGGAGCCUGCGGAAGGCUGUAAAACGCCACUUCCAAAGCCUCAAAACCAAAGUGUGUCGUGGUGUGCCUGAAGGGGAGCCAUCGCAGGAGAAUCCACAAACAUCCAGAGCAGAACCGACAGGCUAUGACUUUUUCAGAUGGACACCUUUGAAUCCAAUAUGUGUAUUGAGACUGCAGCCUGAAGCAGAAUACUUCCGCUCUCUCUAUGAAGUGGGAGAGGAACUGGCAUCGGGAAGGUUUGCCUGUCUUCAUGAAGGAAUAAGAAGAUCGGAUGGCCAACAAGUGCUCAUCAAAUUUGCCAGGAGGCGCUGGGCUAUAGACAGAAUGCCGUAUGAUGAUAGUUUUUGCAGUGCUCUGUGUGAAGAGGCAAUUAUAAUGUUGGCGCUGCAAAGGCCUCCGUCCUGUGAACAUGUCAUACGAUUAUAUGACUGGUUUACCGUGAUGAAACGAGACGUCUUGGUCAUGGAAAAUCCCCGUCCGUGUGUGACUCUGUCUGAGUUCAUCAGACAAAACAGAUGUCACCUGAAUGAAGAAACAGCCAGACGCAUCCUGCAGCAGCUCACAGUCGCACUGAAGCAUUGUUUGGAUCGUGGCGUUUUACAUUACACAGAUUUCAGAAGAGUUCUCAUGAACACAGACACCCUGCAGCUGAAGAUAAUCAACUUUAGACAUGCACGGCUUGUCGCUGCAUCAAAAGAGGACCUAAAGUUUUUAGACCCAGUGGUCAGAGUGGCCAGUGUUUUGGAAACGGCUAGAUUCUUAUGCUCAGUGCUAGAUGAGCUCAUUGAUGCAUUUCCGCCUUGGGAACAAGAACACCUGUCCAAACAUUGCAGGGAUCUUCUUCGGAAACUUGGGUACGGAGGGCCAGCAAUGAUUGAGACUUUACAGGACAUCUUAGAUCAUGCCUGGUUUGGAGACCUCUCCACAGCGAAUGAAGGAGAAGGAAACUGAAAAAAAAGCAUCAGAAAAGAGAUGUUCUUUUGAUCGAUUCAGGCCUUUUAAAUAAGAAAGAGCUCUUUUCAGUUCAGAACAGAAGCUUAUUGUCAUGCUCUCAUUGUUUGACAGGUUGGGCAGCAGCUCUGAGCUCCUUUAACCCGGGAUCAUCUCUCUUCCAGAGAUGUUAGGACUCCAGAACUUCUCCACUCUCCUCAUCCAGAGCCAGAAGCUGCUCUGUUCAGCUGUGGGUUUACAACUGUGCCUUUAUUACAGUGAUCCACAAAUAAAUGUGAAGAGACUCACAAACACAGCUCUGCCAGGCAUUCGUUUGCCAGUCGCUUCUUGUGCAUUUGUGCAUCGCAGCACGCAUUUGAGGAUUUCGAAAUGUUUCUGGCGUCAAGACGUGUGCACAAAUCCAGACAGGUGGACUCCACCCACCGUCUGCUGCUGACCAAUCACAGCACGUUCUCACUACAACCAAUCACGCUUUGCUUAUUUAUCUACACCGGUUCAGAUAGGAAUUAUAAGGUCCAUAAGAAGUGGCGCAGUACAAGACUGUGAGAUUGUGUAUCAAGCCAAGCCUGUUUUAAUGUUUUAAUCACCUUUAAAAAUAUUAGAGGAAGAGAAAUAGUGCUUUACGUCUCUUUAUGGGAACACUGGAUAGAAACGUUAUAUGAAAGCGUCACAUAAUUCUAGAAUCGAUAGACUAAUAAAUAACUCGAUUCAUUUAACAGAUGAAAUUACUGUCACACAACAGCCGACAGCAUUUCCCAGUUCUUCAGUCAAGCAUAUUUAAUGAUGAUCUAACAAUUAAGCAUUAUAAAUAUUUUAGACAUUAAUUAAAUGUAUUGCAAAUCCACUCACAACACCGCAGUAGAGCUGCAGCGAUUCUGAGGCUCAUACUGUUACUGUACUCAUAUUUGAUAUUUGUCCUGUAUUUGUGUAAGUACAGGUGAUUGAUUAUAAUGCGUUCUGUUUGAUUCUGUCAGGUGUAGAGAGGCUGUUGUCGCUCAGGAUCUGUGAAUAAUCAUAAUUUAUAUACAAUCCUGAGUUUAUCCUGAUUCACGGAUCCCAGUGGAAAUAUAAAGAAGCCACAUUAACGAAGGUUUACCCACACAAAAAUCACUUAACCCCUUAACCGCCGCCCCCUUUCUGAACAUGCUGUAAUUUAGGAACGCUUUGGAAUACAGACCUGAGGCUGGUCUCUUUAUAAAGAGACCAGCAGGUUAUUGCUGAAGUGAAAGCAUUUCAAAAAAGGAAGUUUGUUUACUGUAAUGAAAAUGUACUGUGCAAAGAAGUUUUUAUUUUAUUUAAAAUAAAUAUUGUAUAAAAUUGCUAUAAAAUUAAAGCCAUAUAAAUAUAUAUAUAUAAGUUGUGUUCCCUAAAUAAGUUAAAUAGAUAUACUGUAUAUAAGAAAAAAAUCUGAGGUCCCUGUGAGAUUUUAAUUAGAACAUGUUAUUAAAAAUAGGCACCAGGUGACACCCAAACUCCAGUGACUUCUUGAUGCAUUUCCCUGUCACACACGUUUACAUUUCUGUUGCAAUGUUGUCUAUUCCAAAAUAAUGAACAAAUAUGAAAUCUUAAGACUCAGACCUUUCUGACAAAAUGUAUUCUAAAAAGAUUUGAUUAUAAAAUAUGGUGAAGUAUUUUGUAAUAUGACACCUGACACCGCUAAAAGAAUUUACCAUUCCAAGAUAACAGAAUGUCUGAUUUCAUAAUGGUUUUCACUGAUGAAUUUUGAUGAAUUUUGAGUUUUUAGGCUUUCGAAUGAUAUCUAAUUUACAAUGAUUACUAAGAGUUUAGAGGAACGAAGAGCCCAAAGAAUGUUGCUCCCUUCAGGAGAGCAAAAUGAAUCUGUUCCCAUCCUGACUGUAAAGCAGAAUGUGAUGGUUGUAGCGAGAACGAGAUGCUGGUCAACGCAAUGUUUCUGUUAUCUGAUUGGCUCGAGUAGAUGGUGGGUGGAUGGGUAAAGCCUUUUGUACUCCUUAAAUCUACACAAGUUAAAGGUGCUGUAUGUAGGAUUUUGACUCUACUAAAGCAUAAAAAUACUAUAAUAUGUUUGCAGAUAUUUAAGAAACAUGCAUUUUAAAAAAAAAAAAAAAAAAAAAUGCAUAUAUGUAUAUCAGACACACACAGGGUAAGUGAGACGUGAGCAUGGGGGCCUGGACUUUGAACUGGACUGGCUCCACGCUGCACGUCACGCUUUUUUAAUGCAUCAUACACUCAACUAUACAUAUACAUAUACAUAUACAUAUGUAGGGUAAGCAUGGCAUGUGAGUGGCGGCCGGGGGUGGAACUUUGGGCCUUGUGCCCCGCAGCACCUCUCCUUGAUGGCUCGUUUUUUGGCAUAAUUUAUGCCUUACACAUGGAGGGCCCAGAGGCAGCCUCACAACAUCUUUCUAUUUACAGCUUUAUUAUUAUUAUUACUAUUAUUAUUUCGUCAUUACUAUUACUUCAUUAAUAUUACUAACAUUAUUAUUAUUAUUAUUAUUAUUAUUACUAUUUGUCCUCUUCCUGAUUCCCCAACCACCCCCUGUCUUGGAUGAAUAAGUUUAUUAUCGUUAUUGCUGCUACUAUUACUGUUAUUACUUAUCACCUUCCUCAUCCUCCAUCCUUUAAUUUAUUUUUUAUUUUUAUUAAUGCUAUUAUUACUAUUAUUAUUAUUACUGUUAUCAUUACUAUUGUUAUUUAUUUUAUUUUAUUUUUUUUAUUUUUUUGCUAUUGUCAUGUCUGAUGUACUUUCUUUGAUUUAUAUACUUUCACCCCCAACACCCAGUCUCACACACACACACACACACACACACACACACACACACACACUCACUCACUCACUCACUCACUCACACAAAUCAUGUUGGCUGUCAUGUAUGUUUUGUUGACCUUGGUUAUUUUGUAUGUAUUUUAUGCUUGUUUGCAUAAUAAAAAAAAAAAAAAAAAAGAAA